AUGAUGUUUGAGCUUGCUUACUUCAGACAGCGAAAAACAAAAAGUGGCAUCACGCAGUCGCAGAAAAAGACGGCGAAGAGGAAGGGCUCGUCUGUCCACACGCAUGACGUUCCGAAAGAAGAGCACGCACUAGUGGCCCAGGACUGUGACUUUCCACCAAAUGCUCAAAAAGGUCCAGAGAGUGAGGCUGAAGACAUCAACCUGCUAGAGGCAACAACAGAGACAGAGAAAGCAGUGGAAAAUUCUACUGCAGAAUGCAGUCAGCUUGGUGAUAGAAUGUGUCAAAUUAGAAUAGCUGAGCUAGAAAAUAAACUUCUGGAGAAACAGCAAGCAGUUGAAAGACUCACUGCACAGAUGAACGAGCUGCAAGAAGAACUUACUCAGCACAAUGACUCUGUGCAUCUUCAGGAAAGUGCCGUCCAGGAACGGAAUGAAGUCAUAAGAAAGCUAACAAGCAGCCUUCAACAGGCAAGGAAGGACCAUAGUGACCUCCAGGAAGAGGCUGCACAUAUAGCUGAGGCCAUCCAUGGUUUACAACUUCAGUUACAUCAGGCAAAUAAGAUGCUGAGGAAUAAAAGCCCUCAAAAAAUCGAAAUAUUAGAAGCUCAGCACCAAGCGACCUUGUUUCAAGAUCGUCUCAAAGAGCAGAGUACUCAUUUGGAGAUGCUGCGUCAGAAAGCACACAACUUGGAAGUAGAGCUUGAGUCUUCUCAAAAGAGUACCAAAGAUAAAGAAAAUCUUUUUGCCCAAAUGGAAGAGAGUAUGAAAGACACAAUACAACAACUAUAUAAAAGCAUAGAAGACAAAGAAGAGAGUAUUAAAACUCUUCAGGAUGUACUGACAUCGGAAAGAUUAAGUUUAUCUAUACUACAACAUACUCUUUCUCUCCGGGACUCAGAAAUAACAGAGUUAAAAAAUGAAAUAUCCGUAUCCAAAAUGAAAGAACAGCAGCGUAUUGAAGAACUCAAAGCAAAUCACGAAAAGGAUACUUGUAGGCAGUUAGAAAGCUUGAGAGCCGAACUAGAGAAAUGCCACAGAAAUGAGAUUGCAAAAGCCAAGCAGGUAUACGAAGAAGAAGCGAUUUUAAAAUAUAAGAGUGAAUUUGAACAAUUAAAAAAAGAACUCUCUGCUCUCAGCUCUGAGGAAGACAUUCAUAAUUUGAAUGUCAUUAUAAUUGACUUAAAUAAUAGGCUUCAUGAGUCUGAAAUUCAUAAGGAAAAUUUGAGAAAAAACCUGGAAAUCCAACUGGAAGAUUUCAAGCGAGAAAAAUCUGAAUCUGAGAUUAAAUACAAAGACUUAAUUGCUGGCCUCAAAUCCCAGCUUUCUGAUGCAGAAGAACAAGUCAAGGAAGCCUGGCGAUAUAAGCAAGAAAAAGAGUGCUUGAAUGAAGAGAACCAGAAACUCAAUUUGCUUAUCCAGGAAUUAAAUGAAAAACUACGUGCUGAGGCUGAAAGAAAUAUAAAUCUAAGGCAAGAGAUUGUCUGCAACAGAAAGUUAAUGAAUAUGAGGGAAAAAUUAACUUUGCCAGAGGUGUCAGAGUUGCAGAGAGGGGAGCUUGAAGAGAUUUGUAAUAAACCAUGCCAGCUUAAAGGUGAAGAAGAGUUAGCUCAUGAAGAACUACAGUCCCAGCAUGGUUUGGGAUUAGACUCCUCAAGAGGUGAAUUAGAAGUUAAGAGUAUGAAGCAGCUCAAAAAUAAUAGUGAAAAUGAAAGUUAUGAAGCCGAUAGCUUUUCUGAAGAACAUUCAGUGGAAUUAGGCUCUUCCACCAGUGAUGGAGGCUUACUGGCUAAAUAUCUCAUCUCCACGGAGAGACCAGAACAGUCGUACAUGUCAGAUGCUUCUGAAGGUUAUACCAUUGAAGAAGGUCAGUGUGGAUUAGACAGCAAUAUGCUUUUAGAACCCAAUGCACAUUUUGAUCCACUUUUAUUAAAACUUGGCUCUAGUGAGAAAAUAUGCCCUAGGAAUCUAGCUCGAAGAACUUUUGAAGGGACUGAGAUGGAAGCAGAAGCCUUCGUUUCAUUUUUAUCAGAUAGCCCCCUGCAGCAACAUAAAAUAAGUGACAGCGAUGAUGUAAAGGAUGAGGAGAAUGUUUGCUUAUUAGAGAGAUGUGUGAAGCUGACUGAGCAGCUCCAUGAAAAGGAGGCAGCCUUGAACAAGUCUCAACAGGAGACCCAAGAAGCUACUGAUAGAUGGAAAAAAGUGAUAGCUGAGCUCUCCAAUUUGCAUGUGGAACUGAGUGAGGAACGUGAGGCACGGGCCCGCUGUGAAAAGGAGCUUGAUCAAAAAACAAAGAAGGAGAAAGAACUUGAAAACAAAGUAAACUUUUUAGUAAAACAACAACAGGAGGAUGGAGGCCAACAUGAUUGUGCUGAAGAGUCUGUAAUACAACUAUCAAAGUCCUUUACCUGGCAAGAAAUGGUAAAAGACCUCAAGGAGGAAAGAGAAAUGUUGAUGGCACAAUUGCGAACUCAGGAGCAAUUAGUGAAAGAAGUUCAAGAGCAGAAGACUGCUUCCGAUUCAGUAACAAGUGAAGUACAGUCUCUUUUUGGACGUCAGUUAGCAGCUUUGCAAAGUCAAAGGGAUCAAAUGCAAACCCAGCUUGAUGCUCAGAAGGCCAAAAACCAGACGAUAGCUGAGUUGCUUGGCCAGAAAAGUGUAUUAGAAGAGACAUUGCUGAAAGAGCAGGAGUCACUCAAAACUGAAAUCAAUAAUAAAGAACAAAAUUUAAAAACCUUACUGGAGGAAAAAGCAACCUUAGAGGAAAGAUUAUCUGACAAGGAGCAGAGUCUAGUAAAAGCAGAAAAAACCUUAGCUGAGAAUGUUAGUGUCAUAGAGAAUCUUCAAAAAAACAUAGAAGAACUUAAUACAGAAGUGAAAAACCUCAAAGAAGUACAGGAGUGUGAAAGAUUACAAUAUGAGGAAAAGUUGAACUCCAAUAACUUUGAAAUUCAUAAACUUAAUGCUGAAAUAGAAGCAAAAAGCACUGAAUACAAUGGGAAAGAAAGCCACCUGACUGAAGAAAUAGCUCAGUUGGAGAAAAUUAAAUUGGAACUUGAAACAAAAUUGCAAGAGUCUAUUAAUUCUGCACAAGCUAUGCAAGAAGCACAGUCUGAGAUGGUGAAAGAUUACAAAGAGAAAAUGGAUGAAAUGGAAUCUCAACAUCAUGAAGAAAUUGGUAAAGUGAGUUUGGCACACAAGAAAGAGAUAGAAGAAUUAAAUGCCAAAAUAAAAGAGAAAGUGGAAAAGCAGCAGAAGCUGGAGGAAGAAAGGAAGGAACAGUUUGCUCUAAUAAAAAAUGUACACGAACGAGAGCACGAUCGAGAAAUUUCUGAGCUGAUUGCUAAACAUGAAGAGGAAAUGGAAGAGCUCCGUGCUGCCCUAAAUAAAGAACAGCAACAGCUGUUGGAUGAACUUCAGCAUCAAAUGGAAGCCACACACAAAGCAGAGAUUGAGCAAGCUCAGAUUCAGUCACAGACACUGCACAACCUUGAGCUGGAAGCUUUGCGCUUAAGCUUAAAUAAUAUGCACACAUCUCAGCUGGAGCUGACUCAGUCCAAUUUGAGGAAAGAAAAGGAAACUGCCCUUGUGGAACUACGGGAGAUGCUCAAUGAUAAACGUGCUCAGGAGGUAGCAAUUCUGCAAAGCCGCCAUCAGCUGGAACUGGAGAAGAUUAGAGAGAAAUGUCUGAAGGAAAAAGAUGACCUUAUGUUGAAGCAUCAGCAAGAAUUAGAUGAUCAGAGAAAGAAAAUAGAAAUAGAAAUGGAAGAGACACACAUCCAGAAAUUAGAGACUCUUAAAGGAGACUGGGAAUUGGAAUCGGAGGUACGUUUAAAAAGCAUGAAUGAAGAGCUGUCUGAAAAGCACCAGACUGAAAUGAAGGAACUCCAGAAAACUCUGGAAAUGGAAUUAGAAAAACUCCAAGUGGAGCUGAGGCUUCUUUCUCUUGAGAAAGAACAGCUUGAAAUAAAAUGUACAGAUUUGGAGAAGCAGCACCAGUUAGCCAUCACAGAAUUAUAUGAACAGCUUCAGGCUGAACAUAAUCGGCUAUUGGAUGAUACGAAGUUGAAAAGUCAAGAAAAGGAACAGAAUAUUCAGAAGGAGCUGGAGAGACUUCAGGUCAUGCAUGAAGAACUAAAGACUCAGUCACAAGAAGAAAUCAAGCAACUCUGGUCACAACUCAAUAGCACCCGUGCAAACCGGCAGGAGUUAAGUGAGUUAAAAGAGCAGCUCCUGGCCCGUGCAUCACAAGUGGAGGAAAUAGAACGUUUAAAGCAAGAAUUUGAACAGCAACGACAGCAAAGGAAAAGUGAGCAUGAAACUGAAUUAGAACAAUUGAGACUUUAUUUUGAAAAGAAAUUGAGCGUAGCUGAAGAAAACUACAGAGAGGAGCUGACUUUGCUGCAUCAGAGACUGCAAGAACUGAAGGAAUAUUCAUUGUUGGAGUCAGAUGUGAGCCAGGAUCAAGCAGUGGAUAUCAGUUCCUCUGUCACAGUUUUUGAAGAGACAACUGAAAAAGAGAGGAGAGUCAUACUUGACCAACUAAAUCAACAGCUGGAGCAACAUAAGGAAGAACUUGCCUGUUUGCGAGUGCAGCUCAAAGAACAGCAUAGGUGUGAAUUAGAUACCUUAAGGUCUUCCCUUGCACUUCAGUAUAAGGAGGACCUAAUGAAAAUGAAGAUGGAUCUUUCGGACAAAUAUAUAAAAGAAAUUGAGGAAAUGAAGAAAAAGCAUUGUCUAGAACUUGAGCAGCUCCGCGCUAGACUUUCAGAAGAACAUAUCAAAGAAAUCACCAGACUGCGACUACAGAGUGCUCAAGAUGCAGCACGACAGGUAGAAAUGGAGGUGGCUGAGCGAAUGUCUGUGCUGGAGAAAGAACAUAAGGAAAAGGUCUCUGUCCUCCAGUCUGAGAAGCAGUAUAUAGAAGAACUUUUAGAAGAAAUAAAGCACUUAAAGGAAGAGAUUGCUAAACAAAAAGAUAUUUCUGUGCAGAAUGAAAAGCAUCUGAAAGAAGAAAUGGAAAAGGUAAAAUACAAACUUAUUGAAGAUCACAAGACUGAAUUAAGGAGUGCUAGAGAAGAAGUCCAGAAAAUAGAGAAGAUGUAUAAAGAAAAAGAGGAAAAAUGGAAGCUUGAAAAUGAGGACCAGAGGAUCCAAACAGAAGGAAAGUUAUCACUGUUGCGUAUAGAGCUAGAAAACAAAUCAGAACACGAGAAGCAAAAUUUACAAAAGGAAUUUGAACUUCGUGAAACUGAAAUGAAUCAGCUGCAAGAUCAGCAGGCUGCCAGAAUUGUAGAAUUAGAGAAGUUGGUAAAAGAGCAGCAAAACAAUUUGCAACAACUAGAGGACAGUCUUGCAAGUGCACAGGCUACACAGAAAUCUCAGGAGCAGUAUGUCACAGAGCUGCAAGAGACCAAAACACUUAUGGCAAAAGAAAUGGAAAAAGCUACACUUCGUUUGCAAGAAGAAUGUGCAUUUAAACUCCUGGAAGCACAAAACAAAUUUAUGGAGGAACACAAGGCUAUGACUCAGAAAUUCACAAGCGAGCAAGAGAUUCUUCUCCAGGAGCUAAAAAAGAAUCAUGUUGAUGAACUAGAACUCCAAAGCCAGCAGUUACAGGAGAAGCAUAAGCAGCAAAUUUGUUCUCUUCAAGCUGAGUUUCAGACAAAGCACCAAGCUGAACUUGAGACACUUAAAUCUGCUCUAGAAAGUAAACAGCAGGCUCAGCUUCAAGCUUUUGUUGCUGAACUUCAGACAAAGCAUCAAGCCCAAGUGGACGAGCUGGAGGCUAAACACUUAUCAAAUCUGGAUUCCCUGGAGUCUUCCUACCUAUCUGAAAUUCAGAAUAUAAGAGAAGAGCACAAACAAGCUCUUGUGGAGCUACAGACGCGUCACGCACAACAAUUCCGCGAACAGGAGAAAACAGCUCAAGCACGCUUGGCUCAGGAGAUAGAGGUGCUGAAACUAAAGCAUGCCGAAGAACUUCAGCUUUCACAAAAUAAUUUGAAAAUUGAGCUAGCUACUGUUCACAUGGAGAAACUUAAAGCCAUGGCUGCUGAAGCACAGGAAGCUCAUAAGGAUGAUUUGAACAGAGCUCUUCAAAAUCAAAGAAGCUUGCUGGAGGAAGAGAAACGUCUGGCCCUGGACACAUUACGUGAGGAAGUACUGGGUAUGGAGGAAAAGCAUAGAAAAGCACUCCAAGAACUUCAGGAUCUUCAUGAGGCAGAAAUUAAGAAGCAUAAGGAAGAAUAUUCCAGGGAGCUCCAAGGAGAAUUGGAGAAACUAAAAGCACAGCAUGAACAUGAGCAACAGAUGUAUGCUUCUGCAUCAGCGUCUGAAGUAGAAACUGUGAGGACAGCUCUUUUGGCUCAGUUUGAAGAGGUUAAAUUGAAGCAGCAGCUUCAAUUCCAGGAAGAGAUUGAGCUGCUGAAGUGUCAAUCAGAGGUACUACUUGAACAGCAAAUCGCCCAGCUAAAGGAGGAAUUUGAAGCUGAAAAAAAGUCUUCACUGCAUGACAAGGAGCAGGUGUUGAUUCAGGAGAAGGAAAAGGUCCUGGCUGCUCAAGAAAAGGAGAAGGAGAUGUUAUCAGUACAACUACAGGAAAAGGCAGAUAUAAUUAUGCAGCUGGAAAAGAAAGUAGAGUCUUUAAAUCAUCAAAUAGAGGAGACUAACUCAGAACUGGAAACUCUCCUUCAGCGACGAGAUAGAGAGAACCAAGAAGGAGGAAAUCUGGUAGCCAUGUUGAGAUCUGAUAUCAAUCAGUCCCAGGAUGAAAGGAAAAAGUUGGAGGAAUCUUAUCAGCAUAUUUUGAAAAUGCUUAUGGAGCUGGUGAAAGCCACAAUAGCUGUUGAGGAUCUUAUUUGUAGAAAGAUUGGUCUUUGUCUUGAUGAUAGUCUGGCUUCUGGAGAUUCUAAAGAAAGUCAGACUAUUAUGGAAGAAAUGGGAUUCUUGCAGUGUUUCAAAGCCAAACAGAAGCAUCACCUAGAAAAAGAUGAGCUGCUGGAGGAAACUCUGACAGAACACAACCAGCUGUCUCCAGUGACUGAUGAGGGGUCUGAGUUGAGCCAAUACUUAAGUGAAAGCGUUUUUACAAAUCCAGACCUGGCAUGUGAAAAUGAAGAAAUGCUGCUGAAAAUUUGUCAUCGCUUGCGCACUGCAGUGGAAAGACUUCUGGAACUAGUUACAGAAUCAACUAAACAGCUGGAGAAAACGCAUGAAAUCCAUGCACAUUUUGAAGAAGAAUUCAGCCGCCGCAAUCAGGAAACGGCCCAAGUGGUAAGUCAGCACCAGGAACUAAUGGAGUGCCUCAGUGAGGAAAGUGAGGCCAAAAAUCAGCUGGCGCUAAAGCUUCAUAAAGCAGAAGGCAUUAUUGAAGGCUAUGUUGCAGAAAAAGCUGCAUUGGAAGAGGCCUUGAAUCUGAAAGAAGAAUCUGAACGUCGUCUUGUUGUGGAACUGGAGAAUAUGCGUGAGCGCUUCCAGGAACUAACUCAGGAACAGGCCAUUCUUGGUCUACUUAAGGAAGUGGAAUUUUUAGCAAAGGAGAAAUUAGAGCUUCAGUGUCAGGCAGAAAAAGAUCAUUCCAACCUGCGUUCUCAAAUGAAGGUUUUGGAGGUAGAACUUGAAGAACAGUUGCACAGUAACCAAGACCUGGCUAAACAGUUACUGGAGGUUGCUGACCUAAAGCAGCAAAUUCAAGUCCUUGAAAAACAGCUUAAAAAUCAGCGACAAUUCAUGGAUGAGCAAGCUAUAGAAAGGGAACACGAGCGUGAUGAUUUUCAGCAAGAAAUUCAGAAACUGGAAGAACAGUUAAAGGUUACAGGAAAAUCACAGACUUUGGGACAGCCCAGAGAAUAUGGGAACUAUGAAUUGAUUCUGCAGGUAGAAUCUUUGCAAGCAGAAAUAAGAGAGAAGAUGGAUGAUUACAGUAAGCUAUUAUUAGAAACAGAGCAAAAACAUCAAGAAAUCACAGCACGUGAUAAAGAAAUAGAGAAACUGGUGGCACAGAUACGAGAACUGGAGCACAGCGGUACCGAAGUCUCAAAGACUGUGAGCUAUUUAGAACACCAACUACAAAAGAUGAAGAAAGUGGAAACAGAAUUAAAACAAGAUAAAGAAGCAUUGCAACAGCAACAGUACAAUAACCUGCUUCAGAUCUCUGCCCUGCAGUCUAAAUUGGAUGAAGCGAGGCACAGAGUACCCACUGAAGGCAGUUCUGAUCAAGCGCUCAAGGAACAACUGCAGGCGGAACAGGAAGCCCUUGAGAUGAAAGAUAGGGAGAUUGCAAGCUUACUAGACCAACUAGAGCAAUGUAAAGAUAAUUUAAUCAAUAAGAAUGAGGAGAUAUUGCAGCUGAACUUGCAGUUAGAGAUGCAAAAAAACCUUAGCACUUCCAGCAUCAGCCAGCUUCAGUCAGAGAACGCACACCUGAAGGAGGAUCUAACAAAACUUCACCUGAAGCAAAGUCAGGACCAGGAUAGUAGUGAUUCCUCAGCUUUGUCAUUCCCACAAGCACUGCUUAAUGAAAAGAAUCAAGAAAUCGAUCAUCUGAAUGAGCAGGUGAAGAGACUUCAGCAUGAGCUGGAGAAUGCUGUGAGCCAUAAGGCUGUGGAAGACCAAAAAUCUGAAAUUGAAGAACUCCGAUCUCUUGUUGAGCGCCUUCGUGGCGACCAGGAAAGGUUGCAUAAGGACAAAGAUGAGGAGGUAGAACAGCUUCAUGGAGUAAUUGAGAAGCUUCAAAAAGAGCUGGCACAGUUUGGACCAAUACGUCAUGAAGUUAGUGACAGCCAAGAUUAUCUUGAUCAGCUUGGUUUGGGAGAACCAGUGCAAAACCUUCAGAAUGAGCUGAAGAAGGGGUUGGUAGAUGGUCAGGGUGAUCCUGAUCCAAGCAGAAAAAACACAUCACUGAUCUCCAAUGUGAAAGAACUUCAGGAAGAACUAGAGCUUGUCUCAAUUGCUCGAGAAGCUUUGCAACACCAAUUAGAAGAGAAGGAAUCACAGUUCAGAAUAGAAAUGGAAAUUUUAGAACAAAAUUUUCAAAAAGAACAGGAGUCAUCAAAGCAGCACUUUGCAGAGCUAGUCUCUCUAAGGUUAGAGUACGACACACUUCAGAAAGAAUACCACAUUUUCCAAACACACUUUUCUCAGAGAGAGGCUGAAGCAAGGAUGAUUUCUUCUCAGAUUCAAGAACUUGAAGAUACUGUUAGAGAGAGGGAAGCAAAUAUUCUAGAGAAAGAUGUGCAGAUGAAGGCAAUGGCAGAUCAAAGAGCAGCUGACACAAAUGAAAUGCAGUGCUUGAUAAAAAAGGUAGCAGUACUUGAAACUGAGCUGGAAAAGAAAGAUGUAGAUCGAGUUCAAGAGGUUCACAAUCUUCAGUCAGAAGUUUCUAGACUUGAUUUCGAGGUGCAAACACUGAAUCAAAAGGUAGUAGUUUAUCAGAGAGAAAUUGAUGAACUGCAAGGUUGCACUGCAAAACUGAAAGAUCAAAUUGGGGAGCAUGUGAGAGAUCUUGAAGCCUUACGAUUGGAAAGAGAUGAUCUAAUUUCGCAAUUGGAGACCUACAAGUCAAAGGAGCAAGAUAGUCAUGAAGAGGCUAAUCUUCCCAAGCUGGUUUCCAAAACGGAAAGAAAAGGUGAAGUUCAUAAGGGAGUAGAGAAACUGGAAGUACUGGGAGCAACUGUUGAUCAGUCAGCUGAAGUUCUGAUUUCUCCAAGUGAAAAAAUGGAAAAGGAUAACAUCAGAGGUGGCUUAACAGUUCACGAUAUAACUCAGGAAUCUCAGAUUAAACAAUUGCAAGAAAAGGUCUCGGCUCAGGAAUCGAACGUGGUCAAUAACUCUGAAAAGCGGGAAGAUUUGAAAAAGUCUUGCCAUCAAAUGUUGCAAAGCCGUCAAACUCUUGAUUCGCCAAAACACAAUUUGAUCAUAGGUUAUAAAGGCACUCCAAAAGACUUCCAGGAUUUAAUUGUGGAUAUGACUUCAUGGGAGUCACCUGAGAUUGUGAGAAAGCAGGAUACAAGCAUGGAACUUCACUCAGUGCUUCACUUGACUCCCUUUACAGAAGUGGAUAGCACGGACUUUGAAAUGAUGCCCACAAGGUCAUCAAUGCAAGAAGAUACUCCUGGAUUUGUGGGAUAUCCAAAUCUGUAUGAACAUGGCAGUGAGGAAGCAGCAGUGGGAGCAGAUGUGAAAUCUCUGGUUUUCUCUGAAAGCACCUAUUCUAUUGAUGAUGACCACGAUAUAGAGAAAAUUUUGCAGGUGAGAGAAACUGAUAAUCUAACUUUAACCCCAUCUGAUUUGCAAGAUGACACAAGAUCAACAGCAUCAGCCGUAGAGAUGGCAAGUGAUGGAUUUGGCAGCAAUAACAGCUCCAGUUUGACAGCUAAACUAAAGCAGGAACUGGACGCAUCUGACCAUCUAGAUCCUAGUUUCUUGGCUUAUCUGCAGUACCGGGGAAUAGUUCCAGAUAUUGUGGAGUCCAUGAGAGAAAAAGAAAUACUUUCACCACAGCUGAAGAUGGUACUGAAGAUGGUAUAUGAAGAGAGCCGCAAGAUAUUGGCUUUGUCGGAGCAUCCUGUUGAUCUUGGGGACCAGAAAAGCAUUAAUCCGUGUGGAGCAGCUGUGGAGGGAUGGCAGAAGGAAGGCAGAGCUUUUCUGGAUGCUAUACAGUCACUGAGAGAUUACCUUAGCAAGGUAGCAGCCAGAGGCGACAAGGAGCAUUUGGAUAAUACCACUGACUGGAGAGGAGAAAUUCUCCAAGCAGUACACAGUGUGUUUGAGAAGGAGAGAAAUGUGUUACAAAUUGACUUAAAGUCUCACUUCUGCAAUCCUGGCUCUGGUGAUGAAGGUUCAUUAAUGGAAAAACUGGAGCAUAUUAUGAAACAACAAGAGGAACAGCGGCAGAUGGUUGUAGAGCACCUUUUCUCCUCGGACAGGAAUAGCUUGCUUUCCGAAAUACAGGACCUUCGAGCUCAGCUACGCAUGACACAUCUUCAGAACCAGGAGAAGCUGCAGCAGUUACAGGAAACUCUUACUAACGCAGAAGAUCAUGGGAGCAAACAGGAACACCAGCUUCGGAGAAAAGUUGAAUUAUUAGAAUACAAGCUGCAGCAGGAAAAAUCUAUUGUAAGUGGCUUGCAGAGCACCCUGGCUGAGGAGCAGAACAGAGCCUCUGAAACAUGUGAACUCUUGAAACAAGAGCAAGCUGCAGUAUCAGCCCUGAAAUUGGAGCUUUGUGAAAGUAAGCGAGAGAAUGAAAGGCUGCAAAACUCUCUAGAAGAGCUUCAGAGGGAAAUAAACCAGUGCUGUUCUAAAUUGGAAAAGAAAGAACAAGAUUUGACAGCUGCACUUCAAGAUCUGCAGAGCGAACGGCUGAAGGAAGCAGAGCUGCGACGUUUGUUUGAGGAACGACAGUUUCAGCAUAAGAAAGCAGAAGAUGAAAAGACAAAGGCCUUGGAGAAGCUGCAGGCUGCCUUGGAACUGCAGGCCGUCCACAACAGUCAGCUGUCUGUGUCCUUGGAGCAUGAGCAAACGGUGAACGACAACCUCCGCAAGGAGCUUCAGAUCGAACACUCGCGCUGUGAAGCUCUGCUGUCCCGAGAGCAGAGCAAACUGUCCGAGCUGCAGAAGAAUUUGGACGCUGAGAAGAACCGUUCACUGGAGCUCCUGAAUUCCUUGAAUCAUGAACGCAUCCUGACGGAGCAGUUGAGCAUGAGAGCCAAAGACAGUGCUGCUUAUCAGCACAGGGAGUCACUAUUAGAGCAAGCCUUUGUGCGAGAGCUCCAGGCCCAGCUGGAGGAGGAGAGGUCCCGAACCAGGGAGCUUGCUGCUAUCAUUGAGAAAACGCAUCAGAAGGCCAUUCUUUCCAAGAGGCAACUGGAGGCUGAGAUGCAGAUGUGCUGCGAAGAAACCCAGAAGGAAAGGGAGAUCAGCAAGAAAUUGCGAGCUACGCUGGAGUCUCUUCAGAGCCAAAAGCAAGAGGUAAUCCGUUCCUUGGAGGCACAGAGGGAGAGAGAGGCAAAGCUAAAAGCCGACUGGGAACGACUGCAGUCGCUCUUCAGGACAAUGAAGGAACAAGAUAAGGACAAAAAAGAGGAGCGAGAGAAAGAGAGAAGGCAGCAGCAGCAAACGGAAGUAGAGAAGCAGAAGGACUGGCAGAGAGAUCAAGAGAGACUGCAAAAAUUGGAACUGCAACACCAGAGGGAUGAGCACAGGAUCAAAGAGCUGCAGGAAAUACUGGCAUUAUUAGAAGAAAGAGAAAGAAACUUUCCACCUCCAAAUUCUCAGCAAGAAGUUUUGCAUGCUUUGAACAGAGAUCGAAAUGCCAAACAGGCUGUGACGAAAGCAGCUGAAAAGCUGCACUUGCAACAGCAGCAACAACAGCUAGAGAAGAUAAGACAGCAGCUGCUUUUUGUAGCUGUCCGUCUGAACGAGUUCAUAUAUAAAACUAUAGAUAAAACAGUUAAUGAUUGGUCUGCAUCGAAUGAUGAAGCUGUAGCCUCUUUACUACAGACAUUAAAGGAAGUAAAAUCAAAUUUAUUAUCUCCUCCGGCACCUCUGACCAGAGUGCCAGAUGACAUCGAUUCUCUUCAAGAACUGGAAAGAGCUGCCUGGCAGCAGGAAAAAAGCAUUUUGCAAAAUGCCUUGAAACAGGCAGAGUCUGAAUUGGCUAAAGCUACUGCUGAAACUGAAAACAAGCCAGGGGUAGAAUCUUCCAGCCCAAAGAUGCAGAGAUUAUAUAGGAAGUAUCUGCGAGCAGAGAGCUUCAGGAAGGCUCUGGUUUAUCAGAAGAAAUACCUCUUGCUGCUUCUUGGUGGAUUUCAGGACUGCGAGCAAGCGACCCUCUCUCUCAUAGCACGUAUGGGAAUCUACCCCUCACCUGCAGACCUGCAGCUUUCUGAUUCACGCUCCCGCCCUUUUACCAAGUUUCGAUGUGCCGUCAGGGCGAUCAUCGCUGUAUCAAGGUUAAAGUUUUUGGUGAAAAAGUGGAACAAAGUUAACCGAAAGAGCACACAGGGUGAAGCCAUCUCUCACAGUACAGGAGGUAAUCCAGUCUCUGGUGCUAGAACAGAAAUUCUGAAACAGCAGCAGUUCCCAGCUGUUAAUAUCAACUCUCCUCCAACCCGUGAUACUGGAUCAUGCCACAAAACCAGCUCUGCAAGAUUUCUGAGCUCCUCCCCCAGAUCCUCUUACUGGUUACAUAACAGAUUGCAUCCAUCCACGAGUUCAGCUUCAGAAAAGUCACUUGCAACUACUCAGGAUCCUGAACGAUCGCUCACUGAAUACAUUCAUCGCUUAGAGGUUAUCCAGCAAAGACUAGGCGGCGUGCAACCAGGACAAGUUCCAGGAUCGCCGCGCCAGCGAAACACAAAAAAGUGAUCAGAACACUUCUGAAAUCUGUACUGCGAACCCCCAGGUUAUUGCUUCCUUCUAAGUUGUUCCCUGGUGAACGGAGGCACUUGUGAUUUCUUGUGCAACUGAAUAAAGGGGUUUUAGUCUAUGCAGUGCUUUUGCAUCAUAUUUUUAUAUGACUUUUUACUAUAUUUUAGUAUUUUAAAAGGAAAUUACUUUUCACUAAGAAUAAUGUUUUACAGUCUCAUGUGGAAUUAUUACUAAGUUAACAGCUGAAGUGUGCCUGCAUCACUAUAUUGUAAGUUGCAAAGAGUCUUUUCUGUGUUUAUUUUUCUAUAGUGUAUAGCUGGAUUCCUUGUAAAAAGUUAUUAAAAUGGCAUUUUAUUAGUGAAUUCUUA